CCACCCCCUCCGGGGGUGCCCCCGCCCCACAUCCUGCCCCCACUGCCCCCCUUCCCUCCGGGCAUGUUCCCCAUGAUGCAGGUGGACAUGAUGAAUGUGCUGGGUGGCCAGUGGGCCGGGAUGCCCAUGUCCUUCCAGAUGCAGACGCAGAUGCUUAGCCGGAUGAUGCAGGGUCAGGGGGUGUGCCAGUACCCACCGUUCAUGGGGAGCGGCAUGCAGUUUGUGAACUUGCCCCCCUACCGGCCCUUCUCCAUGGCAGGGGCAGUGGGGCGGGGCCAGCAAUGGCCCCCGCUGCCCAAAUUUGACCCGUCGGUGCCACCUCCGGGCUACAUGCCCAAGAAGGAAGACCCACACAAGGCCACCGUAGACGGCGUCCUGCUGGUGAUCGUCAAGGAGCUGAAGGCCAUCAUGAAGCGGGACCUGAACCGCAAGAUGGUGGAGGUGGUAGCCUUCAGGGCCUUCGACGAGUGGUGGGACAAGAAGGAGCGGAUGGCCAAGGCAUCACUGACCCCAGUGAAAUCGGGCGAGCAUAAAGAUGAAGAGAGGCCAAAGCCCAAAGACCGCCUCACAUCCUGCCUGCUGGAGAACUGGAGCAAGGGUGAAGGGCUGGGCUACGAGGGCAUGGGGCUGGGCAUCGGCCUCCGUGGGGCCAUCCGGCUGCCCUCUUUUAAGGUUAAGAGGAAGGAACCACCAGACCCAGCCUCCACUGGAGACCAGAAGAGGUUGCGGCCCUCCACCUCAGUGGAUGAGGAAGAUGAAGAGUCAGAAAGAGACAGAGACAUGUCUGAUAUCCCCUCAGACCUCUCCAAGAAGGACCCGGAUGGCGUCAGUAUCCGAAGGCGGCCAGCCCGGCCCCUGGAGCUGGACAGUGAGGGGGAGGAAGAGGAUGACAAGGAGGAGUCGUCUUCCUCUUCGUCUUCGUCGUCUUCGUCGUCCUCUUCGUCGUCCUCAUCGUUGUCGUCAUCGUCAUCAUCGUCCUCGGAGAAGGAGGAAGAUGAAGAGGACAGGCUAGCCAAGACCUCAUCCGACAAGGAAGAAGAAGAGGAGGAGGAUGUCGAUGAGGAAGAGGAGGAGGACGAAGAGGAGGACGAAGAAGACGAAGAAGAACCAGCUGAGGUGGAGAUGAGUGAGAAGGAAGAAGGCCUGGACUCUGAAGAAGAGGAUGUUCGGAGCAUGGUCUCAUCCAAGAUAGAGCCAGCAUCUUCUGAAGAGAGUGAGGAUUCUUCAGAGUAUGAGUCCACUUCAGAGUCUGAGGAAGAGGAGGAAGAAGAAGAAGAGGAAGAGGAAGAGGAAGAAGAGGAGGAGGAGGAGGAGGAGGAGGCGGCUGAGUCAGAGGAGGUGAUGGAGGAAGCACCAGCUGGGGAAGGCCAAGAUCUGCAAGGACCUGAAAUUGCAAUGGAGGCUGGAGCUGAUGUUGAGGAGGAGGAAGAAGAAGAGGAGGAGGAGAUGACCAUUUUGGAGCUGACGACAGUGAUGGAUGAGCCUGAGUUAACAAACCUGGGGGCAGAGGAGACGGUUGGAGGUGGGGAUGCCCCUGAACAGCCUGGUCUCAAGCAGGUGGACAUGAUGCUGGCAGAGCUGCCUACACCUGGGCCCCCAGAGCCACAGAGACACCUGACCCCAUCACCUGUGGACGCUUCAGGGGAAGAGACGGAGCUGGAGUCCACAGAAGUCCUCAAGGAGGUGUCUUUUCUAUCACGACCACCCAGCCCACCUGGCCUCCCCCCAGAGGCCACACCUCAACAGGGCAAUUUCCUUCGGGAGGUUGAGGUGGAGGGCCGGCCCCACACCCUAGGCCCCAAGGUGGUCCUUCCUCUGGAGCCAGAGUCCCUUAGGCUUCAGCCUCUGUUCCCUGCCAGGCCCCCCCAGCCACUGCCUCUCCUGGAGGAGCCCCUCCCUGAAGAACUGCCCCCUCGAACACCAGGCCGGGACCCUCUGGCCAAGUCCCAGAGCACAGAGACUGUGCCUGCCACGCCGGGCAGUGAAACCCCCCUCACUGCCAGCAGCCUGGCCCUCAGCUCCCCCCAGGUCCCCAGCAGCCCCUUCUCUUAUCCGUCUCAGUCUCCUGGACUCAGUGGCGGUGGCAUUCCUCGGACGCCUGGGCGAGACUUUAGCUUCACACCCACCUUUCCCGAGCCCGUGGGGCCCUUACCGCUGUCUGUAUGUUCCCUCCCACCUGGCAAGAAGCUCCCUGGGGACGAUCGGCCAGGCCCUGGUGCUCCGACUUCUUCCAGCCCCCUGGAAUCCGGUUUCCCCCUACCUGUGUCUCUACCUGUGCCCCUUUCAGUGCCAGUCCCUCUGCCAGUCCCUCUGUCUCUCCCUCCAGGCCCAUUGCUCCCCCAGUCCCCCACCUUGCUACCUCUGCCCUUGACCUUGCCCCUGGCUCUGCCUCUGGCCCCUUCCCUACCAUCUCCAUGCCCUUCUCCCAUAAAGAGAAAGCCCGGGAGGCCCAAACGUUCCCCACCAGCCGUGCUCACCCUGGAUGUGCCUCCAGGAAGGCUCGCCACCUUGCCUCCUGAGGCAGCAGGCCACAAGCUGCUACUGCUGGCAGGGCAGCCACCCGCCACCGCUGCCUUCCACGGGGCACCAGACCCCCGAGUCGUGACGCUGGACUUCAGGAACAACGACGAGGGCCUCCCUCCC